ACAUUUUUCGGAUUCGUGCCUGUCCAUCUUGUAGUACGAAUUAUAGAGAAAGUGUACAUUGCAGAGUUGUAUUGUGCUUAAGAGAUUAAUUUUUAUUAAUUGCAUCCGAAUAAACAAAAAAGCCGCAGAGGUGAAUUUUUACAAUGAGCUACACAAACAGGACAAUGUCCCACAAUCAAUACAAUCCUGCCGAACUACCAAUGAUAUCGGCUAAGGAGCAAACACUGAUGUGGCAGCAAAAUUCUUAUCUAUCUGAUUCCGGCAUACAAUCGGGCGCAGUCACUCAAGUUCCGUCACUGAGCGGCCGUGACGAAGAUGAAAUGGACAACGAUCCACUGAUGUACGAUUUGGACCAGGGAUUUCCGCAAAAUUUCACGCAGGAGCAGGUGGACGAUAUGAGUCAACAAUUGAGCCAAACCCGAUCGCAUCGUGUUCGGGCCGCAAUUUUCCCGGAAACAAUGGAGGAAGGGACUGAAAUUCCUUCGACACAAUUCGAUCCGCAACAGCCGACUGCCGUGCAACGCUUAUCGGAACCGUCGCAGAUGCUUAAACAUGCCGUUGUCAAUUUGAUCAAUUAUCAGGACGAUGCUGAUCUGGCGACUCGAGCGAUUCCAGAGUUGAUAAAAUUGUUGAAUGACGAAGAUCAAGUGAUUGUAUCGCAGGCAGCUAUGAUGGUACACCAACUGUCGAAGAAGGAGGCAUCCCGUCAUGCCAUUAUGAACAGUCCGCAAAUGGUUGCAGCUUUGGUCAGAGCAAUAUCGAAUAGCAAUGACCUUGAAACUACCAAGGGCGCUGUUGGUACUCUACAUAAUUUGUCACAUCAUCGACAGGGUUUGUUAGCUAUUUUCAAGAGUGGAGGAAUUCCAGCAUUGGUUAAACUGCUAUCGUCACCUGUCGAAUCUGUGCUAUUUUAUGCGAUCACGACAUUACACAACCUUCUUUUACAUCAAGACGGAUCUAAAAUGGCAGUUCGUUUGGCUGGUGGUUUACAGAAAAUGGUUACAUUGCUCGCACGAAAUAACGUGAAGUUCUUGGCCAUUGUGACAGAUUGUCUACAGAUUCUGGCUUACGGAAAUCAAGAGAGUAAGCUCAUUAUUCUGGCGUCGGGCGGUCCAAACGAAUUGGUUCGCAUUAUGCGUUCGUUCGACUACGAGAAAUUAUUGUGGACAACGUCCCGCGUUUUAAAAGUAUUAUCUGUGUGCUCCAGCAACAAACCAUCGAUUGUCGAUGCUGGUGGCAUGCAGGCACUGGCCAUGCAUUUGACAAAUUCGUCACAGCGUUUGGUGCAAAACUGUUUGUGGACGUUGAGAAACUUGUCGGAUGCGGCCACCAAAGUUGAUGGCCUGGACAAUUUACUGUCGAGUUUGGUUGUAGUGCUAGCAUCCACCGAUGCCAAUUUCGUUACAUGUGCGGCUGGCAUACUGUCGAAUUUGACGUGCAACAAUCAACGAAACAAGUCGAUUGUGUGCCAAUACGGCGGUGUCAAUGCAUUGAUUACAACCAUCAUGAAUGCGGGCGAUCGCGAAGAGAUCACAGAGCCAGCCGUCUGUGCUUUACGCCAUCUGACUUCACGUCAUGCAGACGCCGAAUUGGCACAGAACGCUGUGCGUGUAAUGAAUUAUGGAUUGCCGGUGAUUGUUAAGUUGUUGAAUCCACCAUCCCGUUGGCCAUUGAUUAAGGCGGUUAUUGGCCUCAUUCGUAAUUUGGCCUUGUGCCAAGACAACCAUGCCCCGCUGAGAGAGAACAAUGCCAUACGAUGUUUGAUUAGCCUUUUGACUCGAGCUUAUCACGAUAUUUCCAGACAACGUGGUUCCGUUGCUAGUUCUGGAUCUCAACAACCCGGUGCUUACGCCGAUGGCGUAAGAAUGGAAGAAAUUGUGGAGGGAACCGUUGGGGCACUACACUUUUUGGCUAGAGAGUCCAACAACAAAAUAUUGAUUCGUCAACAGGGUGUGAUUCCUAUAUUCGUUCGACUGCUAUUUAAUGACAUAGAAAAUAUUCAGCGAGUCGCUGCUGGUGUCCUUUGUGAACUAGCUGCCGACAAGGAGAGUGCCGAAAUAAUCGAAAGCGAAGGUGCCACGGCACCGUUGACCGAACUGUUACAUUCACGCAACGAAGGCGUUGCAACGUACGCUGCCGGUAUAUUAUUCCGUAUGAGCGAAGAUAAACCGCAGGACUACCGAAAACGUCUGUCAAUUGAGCUUACCAAUUCGUUGUUACGAGAGGACAACAACAUAUGGAAUCAAGAUCUUGGAAUGGGACCGGACCUACAGGACAUGCUUGGCGCUGAACAGGCAUAUGAAGGUCUUUAUGGUCAAGGUCCUCCUAGCGUCAGUUCACAUGGUGGCCGACCAUUCCAACAAGGUUAUGACACACUACCAAUUGACUCAAUGCAGGGCCUAGAAAUUGGAGGUGGUGGUCCAACGUCACCGUACGCAAUGGACAUGGAUGUUGGUGAAAUUGGUGCUGGCGAACUUCUCGAAGCCAUGCCAUCGCCGCCACACGACAAUAAUCAGGUGGCCGCUUGGUAUGACACUGACCUAUAGAAAAAAAAAACAGAAAAAAAUCAUUCGUCGUCGUCGUUUUUUUUUUUUAUUUUCAUUUUCAUCAUCGUCGUAAUAGAUUUAUUAAAUGAAUAAGACUUAGUAUUUAGUAUAUGUCAUACAACAAUAUAUACUACGUAUACUAUUAUACUUAAACAAAUCAAGAGAGAAAAAAAAAACAAGAAAAGGAAGCGAACACUCACAUACACACACAAUAUACACACACAUAUACACGAUACAAAAUAGUACAUAUAAGUAAUUUGUAAGGAUAAUGUCGUUAAUUUAUCAUCUACUUUUUUACGUAUUUUUUCUUCUGUCACAGCUUAACUUUUUUGUUUGGUAGAAUUGUCUUUUUAAGCCAUAUUAUAAUUGUUGUCGUGUAGACAGAUUCAUCAUCAUCAAAUCUCGUCCAUCUUCGGUAGGGCCUAUAUUUUAAAGACAAUUUAGUAAAAUUUUGAAUAUUCCAUUUAUGAUAAUUUGCACAUCCACAUCUGUUGUGUUUAAAUCAUUUUCCUGUUUUUUUAUUGAUUUUUUUUUCUUGGUCCCCCUUCCACCCAAAACAAUCAUUUAACAUAGCUUUACAUUGUGAUUAUUUUUUACAUUUUUUUCUUCUUUAAUAUUUUAUUGUUUAAAAACGGAUAAAGAAUUUUUUUCGGAUCAAAACUCACUAUAUAAAUUAACGCAGAUUAAAAAUCGGACCCAGGAGAAUUACAUCAAAUUUUUUCUGCUGGGAUGUGUUUUUAAUCUCAUUUUGCACAACAAAAUCUUUCAAUUUGUUGACAGAUUGAUUCGAUUAAGAUACAGCUCCCAAUUUUAUAUUUGAAUUUAUUAGAUUUUUUGUCAGUUUUUUUUAUGUUAAAUUUUAUUUCCAGAUUUAUUUUCUAUAUUUUGUGUAAGGAUAAACAGAGUAAAAGAAAGGAAAAAAAAAUAUUUCGUAUUUUAAAGUUAUUUAAAAUCAAUCGAUUAUGUUUAUUAAUUAAGGCAAAGACGACAAAUGAAAAAUCCCAUCAACUCCAUUUUGAUUAUUUUUUUAACCAUUUUUUUUUUCUUGUGUUCAUUUAGGGACCUCUAAACAAUAAGUUGAUGCGAUUUUUCGUCAUGUCCUUUUUUAUUUGGGAAAUGAAAAUCAAAAUGAAUUUUUUUUUUAUUUUAAACCUUUCUUAGAGAAUAAAAUAAUUGAGAGAAAACAAAAAAAACAAACCAGAAGUAUAGAAAUAGUUAUUAAUUAGAGAACAAGAGGAAACAAACACAACCACAUAAAAAAAAGUAAAUUAGAAUAGACCGUGAUGUCAAGAAAUCAGAUAAAUAUACACAAAAUUGACAUCA